AAUACAUUGAAAACAACCCUUUAAAGAAGUUCUAGCUUCUCGGCCACUGUGGUCCUCUUUGAGGAUCACUGGUGCUCAAUAGCUUAGCGCUAGUUCUCCACAUUUACAUUUAUUGCUGUCAAUCGCCGCUUUGCUAUUUGCCACGUUUGUUUACUUGUUAUUUUUAAGAUGAAUCUCAUUUGCUCUCUUUUGUUCAUUUGUUACUUUGGUUUUUCACUUGGUCACCAACAUCAACAAGCUUAUCAACCUCCACAACAACCAGCUUAUCAACAACAAGUACCUCAGCAUGCUCAUCCACAAGAAGGUCAAGCCCAUGGUGGUCAACACACAACUGGUCAACCAAAUAUGUUAAGAGACAAAACACAUGUUCAAGAUAGAGAGCACAUAAAAGAACAUUUGCAAGGAGUUGUAGGAAAUCAACCAGACGUGAGCAAGAUGUCAGAGGAAGAGCUGCAAUUCCAUUACUUCAAGAUGCACGACAAUGAUGACAACAACAAACUGGAUGGAUGUGAGCUCAUCAAGUCUGUUCUUCACUGGCAUGUUGAAGAGAGUAAUGCUAUGGGAACAAACGCCCCGCACCAAGGAACGACAAAGAUUUUCCAGGACAAUGAACUAUCACUGAUGAUUGAUCCUAUUUUAGAUAUGGACGACAGGAACAAAGAUGGUUUCAUCGACUACCCAGAAUUUGUUGCAGCACAAAAAUCACGAGGGUUCACGCCUUAAAAAAUCUUAAUUUUUUAUUUUGAAAGUAUUGUUUUUAAAAAUAAUGAUGUUGAUAUUUUUUUAAGAAAGAAAUGUUUAAGCUUGUUGCCUUUUUACUACUUAUUUGUCAUUCCCUUUAAUAUAGAGGUUGUUUUACAUAUGUAUUGAAAUGUAUUUCAAGGUAUAUUUGUCUGACUUAUCAGAAAUUGUCUUUUACUUAUACAAUAAAUUCAUUUAAUAAGAAA